AUGGCUUCCGUCAGACAGUUUCCCACCAUCAAGGCCGUCCGGUCAUAUGUAAUCGGUGGAGUCGGCUCAGGUGGUGACUAUCACAACGUGAAGGGAGGCCACUGGCUCAUCGACUCCCCAAUCUCUACCCCGGCCUCGCAAUGGGAACAGUACCGCAAAUCACGUACCAGUUGGGGCAUCAACGUCCUCGGAUCCUUCCUCGUCGAGAUUGAGGCCUCAGAUGGCACCAUUGGCUUUGCCACCGGCUUCGGAGGCCCGCCAGGCUGCUGGCUCGUUCAACAACACUUCACGCGCUUCCUGGUCGGCGCGGACCCUCGCAACACAAACCUUCUGUUCGAGCAGAUGUACCGCGGAUCCAUGUUCUACGGCCGCAAAGGCCUGCCACUCGCCGUCAUCUCAGUUAUCGACCUGGCUAUCUGGGAUCUCCUGGGAAAGCUCCGUAACGAGCCCGUCUACAGGCUAAUUGGAGGCGCGACUAAGGAGCGCCUGAACUUUUACUGCACCGGCCCAGACCCACCAGCGGCAAAGGCUAUGGGCUUCUGGGGAGCCAAGGUUCCCCUUCCUUACUGCCCUGAGGAGGGCCAUGAGGGCUUGAAAAAGAACUUUGAGUUCUUGCGCAAGCACCGCGAGAGCGUCGGCCCAGACUUCCCGCUCAUGGUGGACUGCUACAUGUCCCUGAACGUGUCAUACACGAUCGAGAUCGCAAAAGCCUGCCUCGACCUCAACAUCAACUGGUGGGAGGAGUGCCUGACACCAGAUGACACUGAUGGCUUCGCGCAGAUCAAGCGCGCCCACCCCACGCUUAAGUUCACGACCGGAGAGCACGAGUACAGCCGGUACGGUUUCCGCAAACUCGUCGAGGGCCGCAACCUCGACAUCAUCCAGCCCGAUGUCAUGUGGCUGGGUGGCCUGACGGAGCUGCUCAAGGUAUCUGCUAUGGCUGCCGCCUACGACAUCCCCGUCGUGCCGCACGCGAGCGGACCUUACAGUUACCACUUUGUCAUCAGCCAGCCCAACACGCCGUUCCAGGAGUAUCUGGCCAACAGCCCAGACGGGAAGAGCGUGCUGCCUGUUUUCGGAGACCUGUUCUUGGACGAGCCUAUUCCCACGAAGGGAUACCUGACGACGGCGGAUCUCGACAAGCCUGGUUUUGGGCUGACGCUGAACCCGGCUGUGAAGUCGAAACUGAUCCCUGCUGAGAGUCUGUUUAACCCUACAGUGCCCAAGAGCCUAGAAGCGCCGACGGAGGAGAAGCCGAAUGGGCCAGUGGCAAGCCUGACGGAUAAAGUGAAGGAGCUUACUACAUCUUCAUGA